UUUUAAAUAUAAACUAAAUUUUCUAAACAUAUUCUAUCAAUCUUCUUUUUCGCUCGGUCAUUACCAGCUAUCUUUCGUACCUAUACAGCUUUCACAUGUCCUCUAUCGAAGAACAAUUUCAAUUGAUGCAGCAACAAAUUGCUGCUUUACAAGAACAACUUAACAACACUACUUUGGUACCAAUGCAGUCAGCGGAUGACACUGCUCCACAACUUCUCCACUCUAUGGGUACUCGACCUCACUACGACUGAUCUCCUUCAGAUGCACUCACUGAAAUUAUGGAACUCGAAGCUCCUAUCCACACUUCUCCUUUACUCUCUGAGCCUGAACGUAAAGCUAUUAUUGAAUCCUGCCCUCCAAUGUCUCAUUUGGAAUACAAAGCUCCUGCCACUAUCCCCACUGUAGAACGUUUAAUGAAUAAAGGCCAACGUCAUGAAGACGGUAAUCUCAAGCAUCUUCAGUAUUUAUUGUCGACGGCUUUUCGACCUUUGGAUACUUUGGGUCAUGAACUUGUUUCCUCUGAAUCGGGCAACCUUGCGCUUCAAUAACGCAAUCUAGAAACAACAUUGCGCUUAGGGCGGUCAAUCCUUCUUUUUCGGUGAAAUCUGACUCGGAAGUUAACUACACACUCCCUUUGGAUAAAUUCCAACAGACUCUAAUCCAACAAACGGCUGCGCGUAAAGCUACCUGCGAGGCUUUGGGUCAUCGUCGUUCUGGUCACCGUUACAACAAUCGACCUUUUAACAAUUCUAGUUCUUUCUCGGCUCCCUCGAAUCAGCAGUUUCUUCGAGCAGGUCCACCCUCUCAGCAGGGUGGUUUCAACAACACCAACAUCAACACCAACAGCAAUACCACCUUCGACAACACCUACAACCAGACAAACACCAAUUUUCGUGCCAACAACAACAACAACAACAACA